AAAUUUAUUAUUUCAGAAGACUUUGAAAUGCUUAAAGCGUUGUACGACUUCGAGGCAACGUUGGCUAAAACUCUAAGCUUCAACGAAGGCGAAUAUUUCUUCCUGCAGCAGAUCAACUCGAAGCAACGAAACUGGUGGCAUGUUGUUAAUAGGAAAGGUCAGGUGGGCUUUGUCCCCUCCAAUUAUGUGGCCUCAGUCAAGGUGGAGCCGGAAUUCUUCUUGUCCUUUAUCAAUGAUUGCAUAAAGAAUUUGAAUGAUAGCGGUAUGUCGUCGCAAAAACAAGAGUUGCUGGGUAUAUUGAAUGAAAAGAAGAAGCAAAUACAUGCUAUAGUGAAGCCGCAUGGCAAAAAACCGCCGGCACCCCGACCUCCGCUACGCCUCGAUGAAGGCACGCCACCCAAUGGACUGUCGCCCUCCUUUGAUCUACGACCCGUCGUAUCGCAGCAGCAGCUCACUGAAAUAAGAGAAUCUCAGUCACCACCAAAAAUUAACAAAGGAAAAAAAUCAAAACAAUCAGUGGCAAAAGGAUCAUCAAACCAGCUGUCAUCAGACACGGACAACCAGGAUGACAGCCAAGACAGCAGUGACAGCAUUAAACCGAAUGCAAUAUAUGAAAUUGUUCAGGCUGUUCGCAAAGAGACACAGCUUAGUCAUGAAAUGUCCAAAGUUGCUGUUGAGACUGUACUUAUAUCUUUGAGAGAAUUCCUUCCCGGAGGAGCAGCCCGAUCGAUUAUAGAUGCUCUACUCAGAGAAGCAAACAGCAAUAUUACAUGUCCUAAGAAUGCUAUAGAUGCGGCUCCUGAUGCUCUUCGAAUGAUGACUGCACUUAAUUCCCUGUCCAAAGCCGCCAAUGACGCGCAGCAGAGAGGUUGGGCAUUGCAUGAUGAUGCACACGACAUACAAACGCAGUUACUUGAGCUUAUUUCUGUUAUGUCUAACGCGGACGUGAACAUAUCCCAACACGUCCUUAGCAGUCAUCGUUACGCGUAUGUCACCACUCUAGUCCAGUACUACCAGAUGGAGACAAGAUGGCCUCUUAGACAACUUUUAUUACAGGCAUUCGGAGUUAUGUGCGGCCUAGAACGUACUGCUCUACAGACUCUUGCACUUUCCGCACUACCAGCCGAGAUAGCUCGCGAUAUGCGGGACAACCCGCGCGCCGUCAGUCGCCUCUCUCAUUCAGCUCUACUUUUGUCUAUGGUGCUGUCUAUGGGCGAUAAGUUGCCCGUUACACACUUCGAGCAAUUGGGGGAAGAAUUUGCACAGUUCCUACUAGAUCUGAUAGAAAAUCCACCAGAAACAGACGUGGAUGAACAAAUACCAGACUUGUUUCUAACUUUACUGCUCGCAUACAAUCUACAGUUUCAGAACAGUGUUGACAGUUUGCUUCUCAACGCAUUGGAGACGAGGGAUAUCGCUAAGACAUUCUGCGAGAAAGUUUUGUUGCUACUCAAUCGUGAAGAGGACCCUGUACAAAUAUUCGAUCACGAACCGGCGCCCGCGCACUCCGUGCUCAAACUGGUGAUCGAUCUGUUCAGUCGCAAGAAAACAGCGGAGCAUUUCUAUACGAACGACGUGAAAGUCGCCAUCGAUAUCAUUGUGCGACAGCUUGCCGAUUUGUCUCCCGGUGAUAAGCGUCGAGAACAAUACCUGAAGAUCCUUCAAGGUAUAAUUCGAAACACGGAGUAUGAAGCUCACCUUCACCGACGAGACGACCUUCUCCGUUGUUUUGCACGGAUCUUCUGCGAGGAAGGCGACGCCAGUCACGUCGAUCAAGCUCUCGUUCGGGCUAUUUCCAACGAGUUCCCACAAUACUUCAAGGCCUAAGUUCCAAGACUUACGUGGUAAGAAGAUACGUAAUUUACGAGGCUUGAACUUAAGGUACUGAAGGAUAUUCGUGAUCCUUUCUUUACUGAAUCAUAUUCCUGAUUCGGGAAGUCUGGAUGUUGAGGUAUGAGAAUCAACCCCAGUACGGGUCUACACCCGAGCUAGUAAAUGUUUGAUGACACCAAUAGCAUCGCCGAAGACAGGGAAAGAAGGCACUUAGUUUGUUGAAUGUUUGCGCGAGCGGUUGGUAUACAAAUCCUUGUCUAAGAUAAACGUAGGUGGAAAAGCUUAUACGUACAGCAGUGCUUUAAGAGAUUUUUUUUAUGCAAAUCUUCUAUCUACUUUCGGCUACUGGUUUACAAGAACGUUGCUGUUUGAGUGACUCACCAAAUUUACACUAUGUAAGAAAGUUUCAAUAAUCUCAGUACAGAGUACUAAAAAACCGACC